AAAAAUCAGAUAAAAUGGCCACAUAUGCUGCAUUCAAGCACGUCGAGCUGUACAAUGUUGGAAACACGAAGAAAAGAGUUCUGAAACCACCAGGCGGUGGCAGCAGCGAUCUUUUCGGUGCGGAUCAACUUGGACCCAACACACCGCGCACCAUGAGCAAGAACCGUAUGCAGUCGAACAUUUUUGCGGCCCCAGCGGACGCCCACAAGAAUGUCUUUCGGCAAGGAGCUCAUCGAUACUAUUUUCUUGGAUCGGAAACUCCACGUCGCGCCGCCCAGGGACAAGAUUCGCACAACCGUCUGUUCGGUGAACUGAACCGUCCGUUCACGCCGGCCAAGAAUCACAUGAAGAGCAACCUGCCGAUUGGUGGCGAUCAUACCGAUGGUGGCAAGCCACACCAGAACGGCAAAUCGAACGGAGUAGCCCACCAGAACGGCAACGGUACGGCCAACGGACAUCACACCAAUGGACACAGCAAUGGCAAUGGACACAUCUCAUCGGCUUCCUCGGAUAAUGGAUCCAGCCACAUUUUCCUGAGGAGAUUAAGUAAUGAGGAAGAUGCAUCACCGGAUUCAGCCUACUCGUCCACCCGGUCACAUAUCCAACAACAGCAGCAACAGCACAACAUGCAAUCGAUGGCAGGUCCUGGUGGCAUAUGGGCGCCAUUUGAUUCGACAGUUGGCAUGAUACCGCCCCUGUCGCCCAGACGUCAGCUGCAGUUCUAUCCGAGUGGCGAAACGCUGAAUCCGACCUAUGCAUCCAACAUUAAUCUAUGCAUCAGUGAUGACAUCAUUAUCAGUGUGACCGAACACAACGACGAUGCAGUUGCACCGCACGGCCCUAACAGCAACAAUGGCAAAGCAUCGCCAAGGUCACCACGCUCGCCACGGUUUGCGCAACGGAACCCAGUUACCGGCAACGGAGUCGAAGAUUACGCCGACAAACCACGGAAGCUUAGCUCAAGACGUGGAGCAGGAGACGGCAAUCCGGUAACUGGUGAAGGAUACAGCAAAUCGAACGGUGCAGCAGAAAUCAACACAACGGUGCCGUCGCUGAACGGAGGUGGCCAUGUUAUCAAUAAGAAUCGCAUUCCACCCGGUGGAUUCUCGUCCGGUCUGUGGUAAACGGAAUC